AUGGACAUCAUCGAGCAUCAUGAUGUAUGUGAACAUGGAAAAUCGAAUACUUUCGUAAAAACCACCACCAACUAUCACAAAUCUAUAGAAGUUUGAGCAAACAUGGCUGGCUUCAUCCAAAACAUCCUUUGGAACUCUGUCGAAGGUUUCGUCGAGGCAGGUACUCGAACAGCGGGCGAAUUUGCAGGCAAUGCAUUGAUUAAGGCUGGUGAUUUGAUUGAGAAUGGAGGAAGAGGUGUGGGGAACAACAUCGAGCGUAAAGCAACUGCAUACGGCUCCUCCAUAACGGGCCAAACCUACCAGCCCUCACCGAAAGCUCUCCCAUCGACAGCGCGCAAACCAGUCGUCAAGCGGUCGAAUUCAACGCCCGCGUCGAAUAAGCCAACAACCGGUGGCACAAAAGCAAUCGGCUCGACAAGCAAAACACCACUCGGGGCCAAUAAAUAUCCUGGCAAGAGUCAAGUUGGCGGCGCAACUGGCACAGCAAAGAAAGCCGUUACAGGUGGCAUCAAUGGCGCGAAAAGCACCGUGGGCGGGGUCACAGGAGGAGCAGUAGGAGGAGCAUCAAAAGUCACCGGUGGCGUCGUAGGAGGAGCACAGCGAUCCAUUCCCCCAUUCAAAGGCCCAACGUCGACAUCCGCACCCAACAAAACGCUUCCAAAGCCGUACCCAAACGGAAACAACCUGCCCAAACCUAACUCUUCCAACGCCUUCCCAUCGUCGGAGAAGAAGUCAGCUGUGAGGCCAGGUCAAAUCAAGCCUUUUGUUCCUCCAACGGAGAACAAGAAAGCGGACUCGAAGCCAGCAUACCCGGGGACGAAAACGCUACCGGGUCAGGGAAGCAGGGUGCCGGUGCAGAACCAGAGGCCGAAGGGACUCCCAACAUUAGGGCCCCAGGUGGGGCAGGGCCAGAAGAUGCAGCACAUUGCUGUUUGAGAGGACUUCGGAUGCGAACAGGAAUGGUUGGAUCGGCGAGUUGUAUAUUUGGCGUUCCGGACUAGUAGAGAUUAUGUACGAAUAUAUUUGUCAACAAGGAGAAGAGUAAGCCUAUUGACGAGUCAUACGUAGCGGAGAAAUGCCUUCACCCACUUUAACUUUCAUGUAUGCG